AUGAUAGUAUCGGCCGUGGCCCUCAGCGCCCUUGCUGGCGUCGUUUCUGCGGCUCCUAGGAUGGGCCCACGUGGCAUGCGGCCCAACGAGCCCGCCGUCUUCGGGGUGCCACCCAUCGUGUUGUACGACCCCGUCACCAACAAGACCACAGAAAGCACCGACUACUCGCUGCUGCCGCCUCAUGUGACGUCGCCCCGCUUCCGGCUGUUCCUGAACCCGGACGGCUCGGGCGAGACGAAGGAGGAGGCGCGGGCGGCUCUGGAGCACUUGGAGGCGGCCUACGACUGCUUCGUCGGCGAUCUCGGCUGGAACUCGACGGGGCUCAGCGUCUGGAACAACGAGGGCAAAGAGCCGUACUACAAGACGGGCAUCUCGCUCAUCGCCAACGUGGGCGGCAACUUCGCGGGCCUGGCGCACUACUCGACCCGGGUCUGGAUCCAGAUCAACUCGGGCUCGCUGUACCCGUCGCUGACGGUGCACGAGUGGGCGCACGCGCUGCAGUGGCACCAGGGCAACGGGUGGCCCAGCAUGGACACGUACCGCGUCUGGGGCGAGGCGUUUGCGCAGUGGGUGGCGGACACGUACCUGACGUCGGACCUCUGCGCGGCGGCGCGCGCCAAGCACAGCCUGCCCGCGGGCGACUCCCUCUUCAACCCCUACACCACCACGGCGCGGUCGUACCUCGCCAUCGUCGACGGGUCCCCGCGCGACCCCAUCACGGGCGGCAACAAUUACGACGCCUGGCCGUUCCUGACCUACCUGACGUACAACCUGGACGGCUGGAAGGGCAUGGGCCGCGACGGCGUCAUGGCGCUGACGCAGCAGACCCCCCUGGGCGGCAACAACGAGACGCCGCUGCACGUGCUGCAGAAGGUGCUGGGGGACAGCGCCACGGUGCAGCAGGUCGUGGCCAAGUACUGGGCGCGCAUGGCGUACGGCGACAUCGGGCACCCGGCCGUGCAGCGCCAGACGGACGAGAGCAUAAAUUCCCUCAACCGCGACAUGUGGGUCCGCGUCUCGGACGGCGAGUACAAGAGCCAGCCCGGCAGGUCGCCGCGCUACAUGGGCGCCUCGUACGCGCGCCUGCUGACCAACGGCGACCAGCCGUACACCGAGGGCCCCGGCAACCAGACCAGCCGCGUCAAGGUGGCCAUCAAGGACGCCACGGGGCCCUACACGGCCACGCUCGUGGUGCGCAACAAGGACUCCAAGGAGGCGCGCUACGUGGCCAUGCCCGACGGCACGGUCGAGGCGGACGUGUCAUCCAGGGAGCAGGCUACCGUCGCCGUCGUCAACACGCCGCCGCAGCUGCUCUCGUACGUCGGCGUCAAUAUGUACGGCACCCCGAGGAACGACAGCACGCUCGCGCCCGAGUCCGAGUGGGACCCGGCCAACAGGGAGAUCACCUUUAGCCUCUCCGUCUCGGGCGGCGAGGUGUCCAUACCACACACGGUCACAUGA